AUGCCGAAUGUGAAGUGGCCAGCAGAGGAACCACUGAAGGAACCCAUUGUAAAGGAACUUGCUAAUAAAUAUAACAAGACUGCAGCUCAAAUACUGUUGCGCUUUCUUGUCCAACAAGGCGUUGCUGUCAUUCCGAAAGCUAUCAAGCCUGAACGUGCAAAAGAAAACAUCAACAUUUUCGACUUCCGUCUCAGUCCUGUGGAUAUGCAGAAGCUUGCUUCAGUAAAAACUAGAUUGAGGUUUAGCACUUGGAACUUUGCUUUCGGUCACCCAUUCUUCCCAUUUGAUGAUGUCGAUCAGACAAAGGGGCCAGUGCCUUUGAAAUCUUAAGAAUCUCCAAGGCACAACAGUUCUGAAAUACCCCUGCUACAAGUCGUCAUGCUUAUAAGUGUACAAUCCAGUGGACAGACUUGCUGUUUUUACGAUAUUUUGGCAUUCUGUAGUACUUAGAAUUGUGCUUAAAUAGUUACAAGAUCAAACUGC